AUCUUUUUUCUGAAAUCCACUUAAAAAAUGAUAUCUAAGUGACAACUUUUUCAAGUACUGAUUUUUGUAUCUCUUCCAGGUCUAAAUGUCAUUUGAAAAAAGAAACGUGCGGUCAGCUAGUCAUCGAAGUACCACUUCAACACUGUAGAACAACUGCCGCCUGUAAUGAACAUUGUGCAGACGAGAGAAAUUUCGUUUGUGGCUCCGACAAUAAAAUUUAUAGGAAUGAAUGUGAGAUGAAACGAGACAAUUGUGGCCAGGCUACGAUCUUAGAAAAUGCAUUUUAUCCUGGUUUAGUUUUGAGCUGCUUAUUUCAGUCUUCGGUUUUGUUCAGUGAAAACAAUGGCGAAAGUUUAAAAUUCAACAAGAGAAAUUUGGAUUCUACACAAGAGGAAGUAUUAUUUUGUAUUCAGAGUUGGUAUCAUCAAUAUGAUAUUAAAUAUAUAGAAUAUCCAUGA